AUGGACUACUGCGACUUGCCGAUCGCGGCGUUGGUCAGUCGCGCUUGGUAUGCCCGCUCCACCCACAACCUGUAUUAUGUCGUUCAUAUCAAAUCCCGCAAAUCAUUCAACUCAUUGGUCGAGCAAUCACGCAGGUCGCCCCGCGUAAAGCAAAUGCUCACGACCACGCAUCAACUGCUAGUUGCCCAUGAGGACCGGCGCUCACAACAGAAGCCAUUUCUGGACGCUCUGCCCCUAGUCUUUUCCAACGCGCUGCCCUUACUGGAGAUCCUCACGAUCAACGCCGCCCUACGACCUUCUAUGCACCCGACCUUCUUCCUCGCGCUCUCGCAUUUCGAGCGUCUGGUAACAUUGGAGUUGUAUCGCGUGGAGCUGUGCAAUAUCACCGAACUGCGCCGGAUCGUCCGCGCAUUUCCACGCUUGGAAGAACUUGGUCUCGAUAGCGUGACAAUGAUGCAAGCGUACCCUCCCAACAACGGCUCACCACAUCUAGCACGACCCAGCUCGUGCCUGCAGUCCAGUAUCAAGCUUCAACGCCUUCAGAUUGGAGGAUCAUCCGGCAGUCAUAAUCUCCUUGCCAAUGUGGCCCUUCGUGAAGUGACGCUUGCAUUGUACGCCAUCAAUGACCCUGAGGAUCCCCAAGACGGUUGGCAAUCGAUGGCGGACAAACUUCGUGUGACGCUCUCCACAGUCCGGAGCCAUCGUCUCGAGCACAUCACCGUCAACUUCUGGGUUGAUCUUAUUCUCCCGGACCACUAUCUUCGGAAAGGGUGGCUCGAACGGACCCAGAAGCAAUUUACUGCAGACAUGCACAGCCUGCACGAGGUCAUGGCGCGGCCGUACUUCGACGCGUUGAAGAGCGUCGACGUCAGGAUAGAUGCAAAGUAUGUCUUGCGUAGACUGCCACUCUCGAGCGAGCAGCGGAUCCGCGAAACAGCCCGGGAGCUGGUCGUUCCUAGUUUCCGGAAUUGGCUGCUCAAUGGCUCUAAUGAAACGCAACCGACGCCCGAGCUAUCUAGGCGAUAUACUCGAGCCGUAUUGGUUUACAUGAUCGGUGGUCACGUCCAGUACGAAGCAACGUACCUGAAGGAAUCGACGUUUCUGUCUCACAAGCAUGUUAUGCAGCGCGCAUCCGGCUCUUGUCCAAGUUCUACCCAAUCCAUCAAUGUUCAGUAUGCACCUUGCUGA